UUUAUGAAACCCUACCCAAGGAGAGAGAGAGAGAGGUUAUUAUGGAUACAGAACAGAGCAACAUCAUGAGAGUAGUAAUGCUACCAUGGUUAGCGCACGGUCACAUUUCUCCCUUUCUAGAGCUAGCCAAAAAACUUGCAACUAGAAACUUCACUAUCUACUUAUGCUCCACGCCCAUCAAUCUCACUUCCAUACAAAAGAGAAUCACACAAGAGCAAUCCCUAUCCAUCAAGCUAGUAGAGCUCCACCUCCCUUCUUCCCCUGACCUCCCUCCCCACCGCCACACCACCAACGGCCUCCCGCCCCACCUCAUGCCCGCACUCAAAUCCGCCUUCGAAAACGUAAUCCCACAGUUCUCCACCCUCAUCAAGAGCUUGUCCCCUCAUCUAGUCAUGUACGACUUCAACCAGCCCUGGGCCCCCACCAUCGCCGCCGAAUACAGCAUCCCGGCGGUGGAAUUCAUAACCUCCAGCGCAGCCUUCGUCUCCUUCGUCCUUCACAGGUUCAAAAUGCCGGGAAUCGAAUUCCCAUUUCCGGGAAUUCAGCUCAGAGGAUUCCACGGUGCCCAAUUCCGCCGACUGUUCGACCAGGUUUCUCGCGAAGCGAGUCAAAAGAGUCGUCCCCUUGAGGCCUUUGAAAAAUCAUUCAAAAUUAUUUUGUUCAAUACUUUUAGAGAAUUGGAGGGGAAAUACUUCGAUUAUCUCUCGAUUCUGACUGAAAAGAAGAUUGUCCCUGUUGGUCCACUGGUUCAAGAAAUCGUUAAUGGAACAGAGGAAACAGAGGCCAUGAACUGGCUUGACAAGAAAAGUGAUUCCUCCACGGUUUUUGUUUCCUUUGGAAGCGAGUAUUUUCUAUCCAAAGAGGAAGUAGAAGAGGUGGCUCACGGGUUAGAGAUUAGCGCAGUAAAUUUCAUAUGGGUCGUUAGGUUUCCGGUGGGAGAGAAAACUAAGAUUGAAGAGGCACUGCCCGAGGGUUUUCUUGACAGGGUCGGGGAGAGAGGGAUGGUCGUGGAGGGGUGGGCCCCACAGGCCCAAAUCCUGGCCCACUCAAGCACCGGCGGGUUUGUUAGCCAUUGCGGUUGGAAUUCUAUCCUGGAAAGCUUGAAAUUCGGUGUACCAGUUAUAGCCAUGCCCAUGCAUUUGGACCAGCCAUCGAAUGCUAGGGUGGUGGAGGAGGUGGGUGUGGCCGUGGAGGUGGAGAGAGAAGAGGAUGGGAGGCUCAAUAGAUAUGAGAUUGCAAAAGCUAUAAGGAAGGUGGUGGUGGAGAAAAAUGGGGAGGGUAUAAGAGUCAAAUCGAGAGAAUUUAGUGAGAAUAUAAGAUUGAGAGCAGACGAAGGGAUAGAUGAGUUGGUGGAAGAGUUAGUGAAACAUUGUUUGGAGAGAAAUUAGGGCAAAAAUUUACAUUAGCAACCACGGCAAUCGGCCUAACUGUUGUGUAGUGUGAAGUUGUGGGUUCAAAUUCAAUUUGUAAUCGGGAGUUCGAUAUUCGUUGUGGUUGGUGGGAUAAAGCUACGAUAAAAGAAGUUUUUUUUAAUCCUGUGACAAAUAAAAGACUUAUAGUUUU